AUGGAGUUCCUGACCACGGCUGCCUUUUUCGCUGACAGUUUGGCAAUAAAAGUUAUGUUUCCGGUCAAUAAAGCUACUCCCGCGAUCGAUUCGGAUAAACCGGUUUUUUUCCUGCUCUGAUGAUCCCCCUCUCGUUGGGAAUGAUGGUGGACCUACGGGUGAGUUCGCCAUCUACGAUUUUGGGAACGGAGAAUUCAAGGAGGCCGGGAGGAAGGAUGCUAGGUGGGCGAAGCUUCUUGAGGUUAUCUACUCCCUUGGGGACUACGAUGAAUUGAUUGUUACACUCAGCGUUUCCAAUUCAAUCUUAAGGCUUUUCGAAGAGGGCGGGAAAAAAGUUAAUGGGGAGAUCAAGAUUUGGGGGGAUUACUCUAGUUGGUGUUUUUGGAAGGGCGGGGGUAAGAAGCAGCAUUUUUAUCUGUUUGGCGAAGGCGCUGCAAUGCCGCUCUGGGUCGGGUUUCGGGGGUAAUGACCGCUUUUCCGACAAGAACUGGGCUCACCUUGGAGAACUAAGCAUCGUGUGCAACUCAGGCCCAACCUUUCGGAGUUCCGAUCGAAGCAUCGACUUGCAGAAACUCUUCCACCGGUACGGUUUUCUUUGGUGGGGGUAAUGGCGGCUAUCUAUUCCUUCCCAGCGUCAGAAUCGAGAUCUCCUCCAGGACGGAUAGGCCAGCUGGGCAAACCUUCCGACGAGAUAGUAGGCUGUCCCUAUAUAUUGGAAACAAUAAUACAGUAUAUGAUUCUCGCUUACUUUUAGCUCGCCCGGAACCCCUGGAGAUAUAUCUUUACCCGACCGUUAACCUUACUCUGUUAGCAACGGUAGUUUCUGUGGAAGAGCCAGAACUAGGAGACAUAGCAAGUUACCGAUCCGAAGCCGGCGCAUACACGGAGGGUGCCACUUCCUACGCUAUGGAGAUCGGCUCGGGUAGAGCUUUCGGGAUAAGUUCAUUGACCCCGCUGCCAACUGCGCUAUCCGUCGAACUGAACACAUCUUUCGAUCCCAGCAAACAAUCCUGA